AUGGGCGCCGGUGGCACGUGCAUUACUAUUUGUACGCAGGGGGAGUAUGAGAACAUCAUCGAUGGCGUAGAGCUUCGACUUGGCAUUGACUUCACGCUUUGGGAUCCUGAAUCUGGAGAUGUGGCUGACGAGUCGGAGAGGAGUGAGGAGGAGACCAGUGCCGAGGAGGAAAGGCCUUUGAGUGAGCAGUCAAUGGCAGCAGCUGCACUUGAUGAGACAUUUGAGCAUGUUCCAAGUGACGAGUCCAAGACAGAAGCAGAACUUGAGCAGCAGAAAGAAGUGGCUCCAAGUGAAGAUUCAGAGGAGGCUGCUGCUGAUGAUGUGACACCUGACCCUGUUCCAAGUGACAGGUCCGAGACAGUCGCAGAUCUUGAGCAGCAGCAAGAAGCCGCUCCAAGUGAAGAGUCAAGGGAUGUGGCUGCCGGUGAUGAGACACCUGAGCCUGUUCCAAGUGAGUCCAGUGAAGCAGAGGCUAGUGAUCAGUCAACUGAAUCCAGUGAAGAUGCAGGAGACUGA